GUCUGCCCGGUGACUUGUUUCUACAUGAAGAGGCACGGGGCAAGUUGGCAGUCAUGGAAAUGAGGGGACACGGAGAACAGAAGCAGAAAAGGGGCCAUGGUAGAGAAAAGUGACGGCAGAGGCUGGUUUGUAAAGUAAAGAGGGCGGAGCUGGAGGACUAAAAAGGCAGGAGGGGAGGGGCUGCCCGGAGUGAGCAGAGGAAGGGACCUGAGCCUUCUCCUGCCAAGCAAAGCCGCACAGGUGAGAGUUGGGAACCUGGGGGGCUGGGAGAGGUGCCAGGCAUCUGGCUCAUCCUUGAAUGCUCUUGUACCUGAGAUUCGGUCAGGGCCAGCAGGUGCGGUGGAGAAGGCAGGGAGGUGAGGACAGGCAUGCAGGGUGGGGGGGUCUUGCAGUCAGCCCUGACUGGUGGCUUGACUCCUCCUCAGCAGUCCCUUUACCAAGCUGGGUACUGCAGAGUGGGGCACAUGGACACUUGAUCUCCAAAGAGAAGAUUCUGGACUAUGGCCUGUGCAUGUAUGGAAAAAUAUGUUUGAAAAAUUAAUAAUACUAUCCCUGUGUGAUGCUGUCCAGUCUUACAAUGUCUUUUACUUGCAUGCUCUGGUUCUGACAGCCUGUGAGGCUCCAGCUUCAAACCAGCCUCUGAUCCCAUCAUGACCUAAUCUAAGUCAUAAGGUCCUCUGACCUUGGCCUGAAGUUCGUUCACCCCAAACCCCAGCCGCCCACUGGCCCCUGGUCCUAGACACACACUGACCCCAGCCACAGACUGGCCUGAUCCAGCCACAGAUUUCCCUCGACUUUAACUACAGACUGACUGGUCAGAGGCUGGUCACCGGCCCCAACUGACCUGUGACCCCGAGGGUCCUCUUGCUAUUGAGAACUUAGAUAAGAGGGUGUGGCAGUUUGGCCCAGAGGAGGCCACCCUUCUGAGUCUGUGCUCUGGCACCCUUUGUUCCAGGAACACUGGAUCUGUGCAAAGGACCUCGGCAGUCUCAGCCUCAUGCACCCCAACUCUGUCCAAGGUGUGGACGACAUGAUCCGCCUGGGGGACCUGAACGAGGCGGGCAUGGUGCACAACCUACUCAUCCGCUACCAGCAGAACAAGAUCUAUACGUACACGGGCUCCAUCCUGGUGGCUGUAAACCCCUUCCAGGCACUGCCGCUCUACACCCUGGAGCAGGUACAGCUGUAUUACAGACACCAUGUGGGUGAGCUGCCGCCCCACGUCUUCGCCAUCGCCAACAGCUGCUACUUCAACAUGAAGAGGAACAAGAGGGACCAAUGCUGCAUUAUCAGCGGUGAGUCUGGGGCUGGGAAGACGGAGACCACCAAGCUCAUCCUGCAGUUCCUGGCCACUGUCAGCGGCCAGCAUUCCUGGAUUGAGCAGCAGGUCCUGGAGGCCAACCCCAUCCUGGAAGCCUUUGGAAAUGCCAAGACAGUCCACAAUGACAACUCGAGUCGCUUUGGGAAGUACAUCGAUAUCUACUUCAACCACAGUGGGGUGAUCGAGGGUGCUCGGAUUGAGCAAUUUCUCCUGGAGAAGUCUCGGGUCUGCCGGCAGGCCCCGGAUGAGCGAAACUACCACAUCUUCUACUGCAUGCUCAUGGGGAUGAGUGCUGAGGAGAAGAGGCUGCUGUGCCUGGGGAUGCCCUCUGAGUACCACUACCUGACCAUGGGGAACUCCAGCUCAUGUGAGGGUCUCGAUGAUGCCAAGGACUACGCCCACAUCCGCUCAGCCAUGAAGAUCCUCAUGUUCUCCGACUCUGAGAACUGGGACAUCAGCAAGCUGCUGGCAGCCAUUCUCCAUCUGGGGAAUGUGGAGUUUAUGGCCGCAGUCUUUGAAAACCUGGACUCCUCAGACGUGAUGGAGCCAUCCACCCUUCCCAUCGUGAUGAAGCUGCUGGAGGUGCAGCACCAGGCACUCCAGGACUGCCUGACCAAGCAUUCCAUCAUCAUCCGUGGAGAGUUUGUCAUUAGGCCCCUGAACAUCACCCAGGCCGCAGAUCGGAGGGAUGCCUUUGUCAAGGGCAUCUAUGGGCACCUGUUCCUGUGGGUGGUCAAGAAGAUCAAUGCUGCCAUCUUUACUCCGCCCUCCCAGGACCCCAAGCAUGUGCGAAGGGCCAUUGGCCUCCUGGACAUAUUUGGCUUUGAAAAUUUCCAGAGCAACAGCUUUGAGCAGCUCUGCAUCAACCUGGCCAAUGAGCAUCUGCAGCAGUUCUUUGUGCAGCACGUCUUCACCAUGGAGCAGGAGGAGUACCGCGAGGAGCACAUUGCCUGGGACUACAUCCACUACACUGACAACCGGCACACCCUGGAUCUGCUGGCCCUCAAGCCCAUGAGCAUCAUGUCCCUUCUGGACGAAGAGAGCCGCUUCCCACAGGGGACAGACAUCACCAUGCUGCAGAAAUUGAAGAGUGUCCAUGCCCACAACAAGGCCUUCCUGCAACCCAAGACCAUCCAUGAUGUCCGAUUUGGCAUUGCCCAUUUUGCUGGCGAGGUGUAUUACAAGACAGAAGGCUUUCUGGAGAAGAAUCGAGAUGUGCUGAGCACAGAUAUUCUCUCCCUGGUUUACUCCUCCAACAACAAGUUCCUGAAAGAGAUCUUCAAGCUGGAGGCUACAGAGACCAAGCUGGGCCAGGCCAAGAGGCCCCCCACCCUGGCAGGCCAGUUCAAGCAGUCCCUGGACCAGCUGAUGAAAAUCCUGACCACCUGCCAGCCCUACUUCAUCCGCUGCAUCAAACCCAACGAGUACAAGAAACCCCUGCUCUUCGACCGGGAGCUGUGCCUCCAGCAGCUGCGCUACUCAGGCAUGAUGGAGACUGUUCAGAUCCGCAAGUCAGGCUUCCCCAUCCGCUACACAUUUGAGGAGUUCUCACAGAGGUUCCAGGUCCUGCUGCCCAGUGCCAUGAGGAUGCAGCUGCGAGACAAGUUCCAACAGAUGACCCUGUGUAUUGCUGACAUGUGGCUGAAGACAGACAAAGACUGGAAAAUGGGAAAGACCAAAAUUUUCCUGAAGGACCACCAAGACACUCUGCUGGAGAUUCAGAGAAGCCAGGCCCUGGAUGCGGCAGCCCUCAGCAUUCAGAGGGUCCUUCGAGGCUACAAACACAGGAAGGAAUUCCUGAGGCAGAAGUGGGCUGCCGUGACCCUCCAGGCCAACUGGAGAGGCUUCAGCACCCGGAGGAAUUUCAAGCUGAUCCUUCUAGGCUUUGAGCGCCUGCAAGCGAUUGCCCGGAGCCACCUGCUGGCAAGACAGUAUGAGGCCUUGCGGGAGAGGAUCAUCCGGUUGCAGGCCCAGUGCCGGGGCUACCUGAUACGCCGCACAGCCCAGGAGAGGAGAAGGGCUGUGGUGAUCAUCCAGGCUCAUGCCCGGGGCAUGGCUGCUCGAAGGAGCUUCCGGAGGCGGAAAGCCAAUGGCCCACUGGUCAUCCCAGCUGCACAGCAGAGGGACCCGAGUGCUCCCCCUGCCAAGAAGCGUGAGUCCAUCUACGACACCGUCACCGACACCGAGAUGGUGGAGAAAGUGUUUGGCUUCCUCCCUUCCAUGAUUGGUGGGCAGGAAGGUCAGGCCCCACCGCGCUUUGAGGAUUUGGAAACAAGGACAAAGCAGCUGCCUGAGGUGGACCUGGACACAGUCCCCAUGGUGGAGGAGACAGAGGAGGAGGCCUACGGUCUGGCUGAGUACACCUUCCCCAAGUUCGCUGCGACCUACUUCCAGAAAUCGGCCAGCCACACGCACAUCCGGCGACCCCUGCGGCACCCGCUGCUCUACCAAGAGGACGACGCCGACUGCGAGGCUGCGCUGGCCGUGUGGGGGAUCAUCCUGAGGUUCAUGGGGGACCUCCCGGAGCCGGUGCUCUUUGCCAGGACCAAACGGCGUGACAGCUCAGCGAUACAGCAGAUCCACAACACCCUGGGCGCCGAGGGCAGCACCCAGCCUCCACAGUCUGGCGGCUCCGCACAGAGGCCCAGCCACAGAGACAGAGGUACCAAAGAGAUCUCCUCCAUGAAGCUGAAGAGGUCCUCCCGGAUCACGAGCCAGGUGGUCAGCCAGCUGAGCAUCGAAAAGGAGGCAUUUGAGCUCAACGGCCCCAUCUCAGACCAACCCAUGUCCAACCUGGAGAAGGUACACUUCAUCGUGGCCCAUGCCAUACUGCGGCCAAACCUCAGGGAUGAGAUUUACUGUCAGAUCUGCAAGCAGCUUUCAGAGAACUUCAAAAUGAGCAGCCUGGCCCGCGGCUGGAUCCUGCUUAGCCUCUGCCUGGGCUGCUUUCCGCCUUCGGAGAGGUUCAUGAAGUAUUUGCUGAACUUCAUUGGCCAAGGGCCGGCAGGCUAUGGAUCCUUCUGUGCUGAGCGCCUGAGACGCACCUAUGCCAAUGGAGUGCGCAUGGAGCCCCCCACCUGGCUGGAGCUACAAGCUGUCAAGUCCAAGAAGCACAUCCCGAUCCAUGUCAUCUUGGUGACUGGAGAGAGCCUGAUCAUCAUGGUCGACUCAGCCUCCACAGCACGGGAAGUCUGCCUGCACAUCGCCCGUAAGCAGGGCCUCAGUGACCACGUGGGCUUUUCCCUCCAUGUUGCUGUGUAUGACAAGUUCUGGUCACUGGGCAGUGGACGUGACCACAUAAUGGAUGCCAUUGCGCAAUGUGAGCAGCUGGCCCGGGAGCGAGGUGAGAGCGAGCGCCAGUCACCCUGGCGUAUCUACUUCCGGAAGGAGUUCUUCACCCCUUGGCACGACUCCAGGGAGGACCCUGUCAGCACCGAGCUCAUUUACCGCCAAGUCCUCCAUGGAGUCUGGUCUGGCGAGUACAGCUUCGAGAGGGAGGAAGAGCUGGUGGAGCUGCUGGCCCGGCACUGCUACGUGCAGCUCGGUGCCUCGGCGGGGAGCGAGGCCAUCCAGGAACUGCUGCCCAGCUGCAUCCCCACCAAGCUGUACAGGACCAAGCCGCCUGAGAAGUGGGCUAGCCUUGUUGCUGCUGCCCACACCAAGGCACCAUACACCCAGAAGCAGGCAACAGCGCUGGCUGUGCGGGAGCAGGUGGUGGACAUGGCCCGCCUGCAGUGGCCACUGCUCUUCUCCCGGCUGUUUGAAGUCACCACACUCUCUGGUCCUCGACUGCCCAGGGCUAAGCUGAUCUUAGCUGUGAACUGGAAGGGGCUGUGCUUCCUGGACCAGAGGGAGAAGCUGCUCCUAGAACUGUCCUUCCCAGAGGUCACGGGCCUGGUCACCAACAGGACAGCCCGAGGUGGGCAGAGGCUGACGCUGUCCACGCUGCGUGAAGAGGAAUAUGAGCUUGCGACCCCCAGCAGCGUGGCCAUCGCAGAGCUGGUAGCCAUGUUCCUGGAGGGCCUGAAGGAUCGGUCUGUAUUCGCCAUGGCCCUGCAGGACAGGAAGGCCACAGAUGAUGCCACCCUCCUGCCCUUUAAGAAAGGGGACUUGCUGAUCCUGACAAAGAAGCAGGGGCUACUAGCCUCUGAGAACUGGACCCUGGGCCAGAACGACAGGACAGGACGGACGGGGCUGGUGUCCACGGCCUGCCUCUAUAUCAUCCCGACCGUGGUCAAACCCUCGGCACAGCUGCUGAGCCUGCUAGCCAUGUCACCCGAGAAGCGGAAGCUGGUGGCCCAGGAGAGGCGGCCUGCAGAGCCCUCGCCUGAGGAGCAGCCCAAGGAGAAAGUGCACACCCUGGAGGAAUUUUCCUAUGAGUUCUUCAGGGCCCCAGAGAAGGAGAGUGUCAGCAAAGCCAUGUUCCCUCUGGCCCGGACCCGGGGCCACCUGUGGGCCCAUUCCUCUGAGCCACUGCGGCAGCCUCUGCUCAAGCGUGUCCACGCCAAUGCCGACCUGCGGGACUGCGCCUGCCAGACCUUCCUGGCCAUUCUCAAGUACAUGGGUGACUACCCCUCAAGACAGGCCUGGUCCUCUCUGGAGCUCACAGACCAGAUCUUUUCGUUGGCCCUCCAGGAAGAGGCCCUGCAGGACGAGGUCUACUGCCAGAUCCUGAAGCAGCUGACACACAACUCCAACAGGCACAGCGAAGAGCGGGGCUGGCAGCUGCUAUGGCUCUGCACGGGCCUCUUUCCGCCCGGCAAGGAGCUGCUGCCCCACGCCCAGAAGUUCGUGGACACUCGGAGGAAGAAGCAGCUGGCCCCUGACUGCAGCCGCCGCCUCCAAAGAGUUCUGAGAGUGGGCCCCCGGAAGCAGCCCCCGCACCAGGUGGAGGUGGAGGCUGCAGAGCACAACGUCACCCGCAUCUGCCACAAGGUCUACUUCCCCAAUGACACCAGCGAGAUGCUGGAGGUGGGCACCAACACACGGGUGCGGGACGCAUGCCAGAGCAUUGCCACCAAGCUGCAGCUGGCCUCCUGGGAGGGCUGCAGCCUCUUUGUCAAGAUUGCUGACAAGGUUUUCAGCCAGAAGGAGGGAGACUUCUUCUUUGACUCCUUGAGACAGGUGUCUGACUGGGUGAAGAAGAACAAGCCCCAGAAAGAAGGGGCUCCUGUGACGGUCCCCUACCAGGUAUUCUUCAUGCGGAAACUGUGGCUCAACGUGUCCCCGGGGAAGGAUGUGAAUGCAGACACCAUACUCCAUUACCACCAGGAGCUGCCCAAGUACCUGCGUGGGUUCCACAAGUGUUCGAGGGAGGAUGUCCUCCACCUGGCAGGCCUCAUCUACAAGGCCCAGUUUGACAAUGACCGGUCCCAACUGGCUAGUAUCCCCAAGAUCCUGCGGCAACUCGUGCCUGAGAACCUUACACGCCUGAUGUCCUCGGAGGAGUGGAAAAAGAGCAUCCCUCUGGCCUAUGACAAGCAUGUGGACAAGACGGUGGAGGAGGCCAAGGUGGCCUUCCUGAAGUGGAUCUGCCGGUGGCCCACCUUUGGGUCUGCCUUCUUUGAGGUGAAGCAAACCUCGGAGCCCUCCUACCCUGACAUCGUCCUCAUCGCCAUCAACCGGCACGGGGUUCUGCUCAUCCACCCCAAGACCAAGGAGCUGCUCACCACCUACCCCUUCACCAAGAUCGCCAGCUGGAGCAGUGGCAGCACUUACUUUCACAUGGUUCUGGGGAGCCUGGGCCGGGGCAGCCGCUUGCUGUGUGAGACCUCUCUGGGCUACAAGAUGGACGACCUGCUGACUUCAUACGUGCAGCAGCUCCUGACAACCAUGAACAGACAACGGGGCUCCCGGGCCCCAGACCUCGCCAGCCCCUAGGCACCUCAGGCACCACCCCCAAUGGGGUCAGGCCACA